AUGACAUUGGCGAUCAGAACGUAUAUGAUAGGAUUUCUAAGAGGAUCUCGAAAAAUCAGCAAUUUCUGCUGGGCCUUUAUCCUUUUUUUAGGUUCAUUAGGGUUUUUAUUGGUUGGAACUUCCAGUUAUCUUGGUAGGGAUUUGAUACCUUUAUUUCCGUCUCAGCAAAUAAUUUUUUUUCCACAGGGGAUCGUAAUGUCUUUCUAUGGGAUUGCCGGUCUCUUUAUUAGCUCCUAUUUGUGGGGCACAAUUUUGUGGAAUGUAGGUAGCGGUUAUGAUCGAUUCGAUAGAAAAGAAGAAAUAGUGUCUAUUUUUCGUUGGGGGUUUCCUGGAAAAAAUCGUCGAAUCUUCCUACGAUUCCUUAUGAAAGACAUUCAGUCCAUCAGAAUAGAAGUUAAAGAGGGUAUUUAUGCACGUCGUGUCCUUUAUAUGGAAAUAAGAGGCCAAGGGGCCAUUCCCUUGACUCGUACAGAUCAGAAUCUGACCCCACGAGAAAUUGAGCAAAAGGCUGCCGAAUUGGCCUAUUUCUUGCGUGUACCAAUUGAAGUUUUUUGA